AUGCUGCUUCAAAUGGCACGUGUCCUCCGCGGGGGCGGAGGCGGUGGGUGUCCGGUUAUGCGAGUGGAUCUAGCACACCGAAGAAUGUACCCGGCGACUGUGCUGACCGGUAAAAGGCGUUACUCUUUUUACUGCCAGGAGUUUGGUUGUUGAUAUCAUCGACAUGAAUAACAAUGCAUGCUUUCAGUUGUCUUCAUGUCGAUGAUAUCAUCAACAAAAGUGUCUUCAACAACUUAUUUCAAAUUAUAUAUAUUAAAUAUAAUUAAGCUGUGAAAGGCAAAAGAGGAACAUUCUCCAGAUUAAGGAUCCUGCGUACUCCUCCACUACAUCACACGUGUUGUAUUCCUAGGUAAAUCCUGGAUUCCCACAUCUCGUUCGGCAUCGCAGGGAGGUUGGUACAUGGCGUGGGGAAUCCUCUGGGGUUACUACUAUCAGUGGUUUCAACUCGGCGCUUUCAGUUUUACAGCAGACUCGAAUAGAAGGUAUACAUUUAUAGAUAAAUGAUUCGGACCUUCGUGGUCUUCACGCACCCCAAGCUGUGGGACUGCUAGUGAUUCCCGUUGUGAUGUCCCUGGUAGAGUUAUUCGAUCAAGCAAGUGAAUUAAUACUGAGGUACGAUUGGAAUUCGGCCUUUUUUUUCUGUUGAUGAGAUGCUUCACAAGAGUCUGUGUCGUCCAGGUACGACGGUUCGCAAUUCAACACGCAACGAUUGCUCUUCGGAUCCCGAUAUGACGAGCCUGCGGAAUAUGUACGUGUCUUGCCUUUGAGCAGCCAGGCACCUAAGUGAGAUGUCAGACCACCUACGACAAGAACAGUGAAGCUGAGGGAAAUGGAUGUCUCGAGGAGAAAAUUGCGAGUUGUCGUGCCGAACUGUGACAACUUGUCUGUGCUGCUCCUGCGUGCAGCCGCUUGCACAUGCACCGAGGUUGUAGGGGUACGAUUGUUCCGCUUCUAAGGCUCGCUCCAGAAGACGGGGAACCAGAAACCUGACUGUGCGAGACUGUUGAAGAUGAUACGAUUCACCACGAGUACAAACCACCCUCGCGAGGACUACGAGUCCUGACUUCCCAAGAAGAAGAGGGAACCGCAAUUUUUAUAUUGAGGUUUCAUUUUCUAUUUCUUCAGGCAGCUUGUCCAUGUUCGUGAAUUUGCCUAUCGCAACUUUUGAUUUUUUGUUUCACAAUUCUUGGCAUCCGAGGGAGUCAAACGACUUGUUCGCGUUCGCGAGGUACGCUCACCGAAGAUCAAGCUGCAGCAUUUGAUAUCGCUCUAAAUUCUGCAUCCGGGGGCAUGAAGUAGAUCAUUUUCAACCAGAAAGCAAGAUCCUGUUUUAUUUAUAUAUAAUCCUCCAUAUUCAGAUAGAUCAUGGACAAAAACAAGCCUAAAGGGAUCCCGUUAGAAGGUGUAAUUGUCUGUGUGUCGCAAUCGGUUAGGAAGGAGGACAAUUCAGGAUUGAUCUCUGCUGUGGAAGUGGAUUUGAUUACUGAUAAAAAA